AUGGCUACUGCAAUUAACUCCGCCACGGCGGAGCAUUCACCACUAGCCUCCGCCUCCGCCUCCACUCCCGCCGAUUGCGCUUCCCGCCACCGCUCCCCCUCCCCAUGCGCUGCGACCUGGUCGCUCCCUUUCCUCCACGUGGCUUCCUCUUCUUCCUCCGCCAUGCUCCUCGUCCUCCCCGACGGCUCGGCGCGCUUAUACACGGAGGAGCUGACCGUCGCGCAGCUCGCCUGCGACUUCCCCGAUCUCGUCGUCAGCUGCUCUGCGAUCGUCGCUGGUGACAUGUGCGACGGGGAAGCGUGGGACGACAGCGACUCGAAAGCUGAAGAUAAUGAGACGAAGCCUCGAGGCGCGAUUCUCCCGCGUGACACGGUCUUGCGAUUGGGCGGGACGUACUAUCUCUCGAACCGCGACAGUGCCUGCUCGGAUACUGCUGCUUCUGGGACGAUGAGCGAUUCGAGACGUUGCAGCAAGCGCAGCAGUAGCAGCUACACUACUAGUAGCUCUGUUAUCGAGGAGAUACGCAAUCGCGAAGAUUACUGUACCAGUGGUGCGAGUAUCAGCAGUGGCGGAGAUGGCAGCAGCUUCAGUGGGGAAAGUUGGCGAACUUUCUCGAGUGGCGACGAAUUUUUGUGUAACAGGUCGGAUGCUGGUUCCAGUUACAGUGGUAACCUCUCAGCUGUGGUUUCGACUGGGAGCGAAAGCAAGCGCUUUUUGUCGAAAGAAUGUGCGAUAGCUUGUCACAGGCGAUCACUGUCGCUCGUGUUCGCGGAUGCGCAGAUGCCUUCGCCACGGCAAGGCGUGCCCUGUAAUGUUGGUAACCAGCAAGCUCGACGAUCACUCACUCCCACCAUUUCGCGCUCAGGCGAGCUUUCGCCCGUUCCCUCUCACAUACGAUCUGCCCAGCGACCUCCUGCGACAAGCUCCCCCGUCGUAAACCGUCGCCAGUUCCUUCGCACGACAACUCCGAUGCGCGAUCGUCCCAUCGCACCUCGUCACGCGCGCACUCGCACGGAAAUCUUCGGUGAUGCUCCGAUAUUGACUGACUCACUUGUGGGUGAUGCGCCCGUUGCUGGUUGGCGUGCUAUAACGAGCGCUGAUUGGACCUCGCUGCAAGACACUCUUCGCCAAAACAGGCUCCAGCUUCAGCGGUCGCAGCUACAGCAAUCGCAGCUACAACCGUCGCAGCAGCCGUCGCUCAUGGCUCACCGUCGCAGAAAUCUCUCCGCCACCACCGCGGUUUUCCCUGCUGAAUGGACGAGCGCCAAUUUUUCCGCCCAUCCUUCCGCCUCCGCUCUCCCCCGCGACCACAUGCGGAGCCCCGGUCGCGCACGAGCGCAACUGGCGGCGCACGGGGCAAGCGGAUGUAGCGCCGCAGCAGCAGGCAUUGCAGUCGACCGUCCUGUGGGAACGUGCCACGUGGCAGUGCCAACUGGCAGGGCUCUCAGGCGGUGCUUCUCGCACACGGAGACGCGGGUGGGGGAAGGGCGGGUGGUCUGGUGGGGCGGGGAAGCGGAGCAGGCGCAAAGGCAGGGGGAGGCGGAGGCGCAAGUGGGGGGUGCGCAUCAAGAAAACGACAAGACCAGGAUUGACAUUAUUAGAGACUUAAAAUCGGAUGAUUCGCACGGCGAUGGCGUUGCUAACGGGACUGACAGUAACAAGGGUGACACAAACGAUUCUCCUGAUUCCCCUAAUAGCACCAGCAGCGGUGAUAGCACCGAUAGCGAGGCAGAUGCUAACGAGGCGUUUUGGGACUCCCCUCGCUGCUUCUUCUCCCCCCUCUCCCUCUCCCUCCCUCGCUCCCCCUUCUCUGCCUCCGUCCCCGCGCCCUCCCUCCUCUCUCUCACCAACACUCCCGCGAGCAAAUCCACAGAAUCACCCACUACAGUAACAUCUGCUACGGGAACAGUUCGGGAGGUGCUGCGGCUGCUGCUUUCUCUCCAUCCCCUUUAA